UGAGAAUAUAAAGAGAAAUAUGGAUGCCAAAACAAGGUCAUAUGCUAUUGUGACAGGAGGAAAUAAAGGAUUAGGGUUUGAGGUAUGCAAACAAUUGGCUGCAACUGGCAUCACAGUUGUUCUAACCGCAAGAAACGAGAAAAGAGGACUUGAAGCUCUUGAGAAGCUCAAAGAGUCGGCCAGUGAUGAUGUCACUAAUAUCAUCUUCCAUCGCCUUGAUGUGGCCGACCCCUCUACAAUUGCCCCUCUUGUUGAUUUUGUCGAGGCAAAGUUUGGAAAGCUUGAUAUCUUAAUCAAUAAUGCUGCUCUUCUAGGAUCCAAUGUUGAUUGGAAAUACCUGGAAGGCAUUGUUGGUAAGCCUGGAUGGACAGAUGGCAUACCUGGUGAAUUAAUAGAUUCUCAGUACGAGAUUGCAGAAGAAUGUCUACAAGUAAAUUAUUUUGGCACAAAAAAGAUGAUUGAAGCAUUUGUUCCUCUACUCCAACUUUCUGAUUCUCCAAGAAUUUUGAAUGUUUCUUCUGGUGCUGGAACUUUACAUGUAAAAUUUGGCUGCCUUCCUUUCCUUCGAAGCUCAAGUGAAAUAACAAUCUUUCGGGCUCUUUUGCCUUGUUUAACUGUCCAGAAGUUGGCGAAUGAAUGGGCUAAAGGAGUGUUAAAUGACGUUGACAACCUCACUGAGGAAAGAAUAGAUGAGGUGGUGAAAGAGUUUCUCAAGGAUUGUAAAGAUGGAACUAAUUUGGAAACCAAAGGUUGGCCAAAGAUUCUAACUUCUUAUAUAGUAUCAAAAGCUGCAUUGAAUGCUUACACUAGAGUUGUAGCCAAGAAGUUUCCGGGUAUUCUCGUGAAUUGUGCUUCCCCAGGUUAUGUUAAGACAGACAUGACCGACAAUACAGGCAUACUUUCUGUGAAAGAAGGAGCCGAAAACCUAGUUAGAGUGGCUUUGUUGCCUGAUGAUGGACCUUCUGGAGCAUUCUUUCAACAAGCUAACAUCUCUUCUUUUUAAUGAAAAUUAAUUAAGUGUUCUUAUAUUCAGCUAUAUUUACCAUGAAAUUGUAUAUGGUUACUCGUUUUAGUUUGCCUGUAUAAUUUGUUUGA